UAUUAAAUAAAAAAUUCAUUCAGCUUUUAGAUCAAAAUGAUGAUGAUCAUAAUGAUGUUGUUGAAAAUUCUUUUCUUUUAUCUAAAUCGGCUAUUUCUUACAUCGAUUUCGAUGCUAAUGUACAAACAAUUUCCUAUCAAAAACUUUUGGAUUAUUGUCGCCAAAUUCGUAAACGUUUAAUCGAAUCAUUAGAAUUAAAUGAUAUUAAACCCAUAAAAAUAUUGGAAAAUGUUUCCAUUGAUAAUUGUGAAAAAAUUUCAAUUAAAAUUCCCCAAACAUUAGUUAUUUAUGGUGAUUGUGGAUUAUGGACACCUAUUUUUAUGUUGAUUGCAAAUAUAAUGAAAUUAUCAUUUUAUUAUGUAUCGGAUCAAGAAAUAUUAGUAAAAAAUAUUGAACAAUUUAAAUCAUUAUCAUUGUUAACAGGUAUUCUAAUCACUCAUCGUUAUCGAAGUCAAGAACUUGAACAAAUUUUAAAUUCUUCCACUGAUGAUGAGUUUAUCAUCGAUAAUAUUAUUGAUGAUUUUUUUAUUUUUCUAAAAAAGUCAUCACCAAUUGAUAAUCAUCAUGAUGACGAUAUUGAUAAAGAAUUUCAAUCAAUAAACAUUUCCUAUCUAAUCAAUACGUCCGGUACUACAACCUCGAUAAAUCGUAUAUCGAAUAAUACGAAUAAUUCGAAUGUUGUUGUUUCGAACAAAACAAUUUUUGUUACACAUUCAUCUAUUCAACGAAAUGUUAUCGAUUUUUGUAAUGAAUUCAAUCUAAUAGCUGAUGAUAUUGUUCUAAUAUGUUCAUCAUUUUCAUUUGAUCCAUCAAUCUGUGAUAUGUUUUUGGCAUUAUCAUCAUUUUCUCAUUUAAUUAUAACCGAUAAUAGUGUUAGAAAUGUUGGCGAAAAUUUUGCAAAAAUUAUUUCCGAAUUCGAAAUCACCUAUAUGACAAUAACUCCAUCACUUUGGUAUCGAAUCAAUUAUUAUUUAUUGAAAAUUUUUCAAAAAUCAUCAUCAUCAUCAAUUCAUUUACGUUUCGUAAAUUUUGGCGGUGAAAUAUGUCCAAAUCAAAAUCAAUUGAAAAUUUUUCAACAAUAUCCAAUCGAAUUUCGUAAUCUUUAUGGCCUAAGUGAAAUGAGUGUAUGGGCUUCAAUGUUUAAAAUCGAUGGUAUCAGUUCCGUUGAUCAAGAAAUUCCUAUUAUGGGUCGUUCACUGAUCGAUACUAAUGUAUCAUUAGAUCAAUAUAAUGAAAUAAUAUUGGAAAGUAAUGUACGAAAAUGUUUAAUAUUCGAAUCGAAUAAUAUUGAAUGGAGCUGGUAUUCUCGAUUGAUGACCAAUGAUUUUGGUAUCCAAAUCGAUAAUAAUCUUUAUUUUGAUCGAAGAAAAAGUUUUGAAAAUUUUAUCAAAUUGAAUGGAAUAAAAUGUCAUUUACGUGCAAUUGAACAAUCAUUGAUACAAGAAUUUGGUAAACCUGAUGAUGAUCAUAAUGAUUUUUUUAUUCAAAAUAUUUUGAUUAAAGAAGAUGAAUGGCAAAAUAAUCUUCGGUUUUUAGAAAUUAUAACAACUAUUUGUAGUACUAAACCUGAUCAAUAUGAUAAUGAUAAUAUUAAACAAAAAAUUGCUACUUUUAUUCGAAAAUUUUAUCCAAAAAUAGCAUUUCGAAUACAUUUGAUUGAUUCAUCAAGAAUUGUUUGUUUGAAUACAAAUUCUAAAUUAGAUAUUAGUAAAUUAUAUCAAAAUAUUGAUCCAAAUCAAAUACCUACCCUGUCCAAUGAUUUGAUUUGUAAUGAAAUCAAAUCAAUUAUUUCGAAAAUAUUACAUUCAACAGAAAUUGCAACCGAUAAACCGCUUAAUAGCUAUGGAAUCGAUUCAAUGAUGGCAGUCGAAAUUACCACUUCAAUUGAAGAUUUAUUUUCAUUAUAUAAUGAAGAUAUUUAUCCAUUAUUAUUCACUCAUACGAUUGAUCAACUUGUCGAUGUCAUUAUUCAUAUGAUUGAAAUACGAAAAUCUAAUAAUAAAAAACAACGAACAUCUAAAAGAUAUGUCGAUCGGAUAAAAUCUUUCGAUACUAUCGUUUCGAUAUCGAAUUCGUCAUUUCGAAUCGAACAUUUAUGGUCAUAUUUUAUGGAACAAUGUGUCGAUUCUUCACCAUUGUUGAUUCACUUGGAUGAUUCGAUGACAACAAUGAUAAUUUGUACAUCACAUUCCGGAUUAAUCAAUACUUUUGUUGAAAAUAUUGAACAAAAAAAUUAUUAUUCCAUACGAUGGUCACAAAGAAUUGCUAAUCGUAUUGAAGCAAAUCCUAUCGCUAGUUCGGAUUGUGAACUUGUCUAUGUUGCCGAUUAUUCGGGUUUAAUUCAAGCUUUUGAUUUGAAAUCUGGUCGUAUAGUAUGGCAAUCAAAAACUAAUGAUCAAAUCAAAUGUUCACCAAUAAUAUUUGCCGAUUCUUCAAUUGGUGAAUUAAUUCUAUGUGGUUCUUAUGAUCAUAAUCUAUAUUGUUGGCAACAAUCAAAUGGUUAUAUUCGUUGGAAAAUCGAUGUAAAUCAAUCGCCAAUUUUUGCCAGUCCUAUUGUUUGGUAUGAUCAACUUGGUAAUAAAUGGUUUGCUGUUGUUUGUACGCUGAAUGGUACGAUAGGUUGUUAUCAUCUGAUCGAUGGUCAACAACGUUGGAAAUAUAAUCAUUCGAAUCGACCAAUAUUUUCAACACCAAAAAUUUUCAAAGAUAAUCUUAUAGUCGGAAUGACUGAUUCAAGAUUGAUUUCCAUAUCAUUACAGAAUGGUUUGAUAAUAUGGGAAUUGUUAUUGGAAAAAAUGCCAAUAUUUUCAUCACCUUGUCUAGUCAAACAAAAUGAUAAUGAUGAUGAUUGUCGAAUUAUUAUUGGAACAAAUGGUUGUUCGAUUAUGUGUACAAAAUUCAAUUCCAAACAACCAGAAUGGAUAUUCAAAACUGAAUCGAAUGUUUAUGCCGAUAUUAUUUAUCUAACCGAAUUCGAACGAUUAUUAGCAAUCGAAACAAAUGGUAAAAUUCAUCUAUUAAAUCCCAAUGAUGGACAAUCAAUUCCAAUCAAUGGUUUCGAUCAUUUUAAUGCUGAAAUAUUUUCAUCACCUGUUUAUAAUGUUAAUCGAAAAACAUUUUUAAUUGGCUGUCGUGAUUCAUAUGUACAUUGUUUAUCGCUUAAAGAAUCUGUUUAAUCAUUCAACAACAACAAAAUAGACACGUAUUUCAAUUCUGAAUUGAUAUUAUUAUUUCUUUAUUUCUUAUUAAAA